AUGCCGUAAGUUCGGAAAAUCCAAAACAUUUGGCUAACAAAAAAAACAAGAAAAAAAUGCAAAAUAGGUAACCGUCUGACCUAGGCCCACAAGGGGAUACGAUCCAGCGACGGCUCGCAUGGAACGCACGGCAGCUUACCGCUAGGCCAUCAGGCACCCGAGAAACUUUUGAGUUGAUUAUUUGAUUAUUCGAUAAAUCUCUUUUGUUUUCUCUGCGUCUCUCAAUUUUGCGCAAUGUUUUGCCCUUUUCCGAUUGAAGGCGCAUGUUUGGUCUUGCAACGAACUUGCCCGCGUAAAUGAAAUUUCAAAAAUGUGCUUUCUUUUUUUUUGCAGAUACGAAAAAUUUGUGCUUUGCGGACCUUUAAAGUUGAUUUUCACAGCAAGAUUUUCAUUCCGACAUCAAUUUAAAGUUUUUUUGCAGAAAUUUCCAAACAUAUCCUCGUGACAAACAUCUGAUUCAACAAUUAAUCACGCAUCGUCAACAUUAUUUGAAUAUAGUCGGAGCAAUUUCCUGUAUCGCCACCUUCCAAAUCGUCUACACUUAUUCAUGGUUUAUCUACGGAUCUGAAGUCUUCUCGAAUGUUCGAAAUGAUCUAAUUUCCAUCGUUGAAAACGUCCAUGUAAUUCUUCAAUUCGCCGUUGUGUUCACAAUAUUUAUGAUAAGUUAUGCGGAAAACAGUGUUGCAAUUGUCUUUCUAGCCGCCAUCAAUUUGCUCUAUUGUUUUGGAAAAAUGGCCGAAAUGAUUUAUUUCUAUCAACCAAUUCGUCAAGAUAUUUGUCGAAAUGUAAAUUGGUUUCAAUGCUUCUCCAAAUAUGAGCAAUACUCAUUUAUUUAUGAUACAACAAUCUGUUUUACAAGUGCUUUAAGCUGUGUUAUGUCUUUGAUUGCUUAUUAUUUCCACGUGAAAUUGGUUUGGAUCAAGAUUGAGAAAAAUUCCAAAGCCAAGGAAAACUUCAAAAAACUUAUAAAUAAUAUGAAACGCUCUGAUUUUGGUCUCUCAUCAACUGUUCAUUCAAAAGAUCCUAACAGCAAAAGCCUCGUUGAAUUUACCAAAAAAGGAGAUCGCUUCGAAGCAGUAAGUGCGCCCCAUUGAUAACUUAAAAUCAAAAUGAAAAUAAUUUUCAGUCCGUCACCAGUCACAAAACCACGAGUGCAGUUGUCAGCGAAUCAGCGGAUAUGAUUGCUUCAACUCGCCAAAGUCAAACUCAAGCAGGAAGUGUUAAAUCGGUCAAUCAUAUGCCAUUCACUUUCAGAAGAGUAUUGAAGAAAAUGAACCCGAUGGGUUAUUAG